AUGGAUGGAUAUGAAAUAACGGGCUCGCAGAUGUCAAACAGCGCGUGGGAUGGGCCGGACUGCGCCGCCAUUUUCAUUAAACGCGAUGACUCCCACGUACGCUACACGGUUAAGGAAGAGGAUACCGGUGGGGAUGUGUCCUACUUUGGUCGGGUAUUGUUCUACAUGCACCAUCUGGUUCCGGCGCAGGCACAGGAUAAGAGUAUGAGUCCGGAGGAGGACAAGUUGGAGGACUCGGAACGCGGCACACAGGGUGACUCGGUGCAGAUGUUGGCGUACGUCCAGUGGCAUAUCGUCGGCAGAAUCCGUAAACGCAAGCUGGCGCACAAGGUGAAGGAUUCCAUCAAGGAGUUUAUUGAGGUUAGCGAUAUACAAGAGUUGGUAGGGUUCAUACAGUCGCACGGUCGGCUGUUCUAUGUCUCAAAGACGUCUUGCUUCUGGCCGAAGAAGAACUUUGCCUGGAAUGAAGUUAUUGAUAAUGGAGAGUUUCUCCCCGAGAAGGAGGACUGA